AACAACAACAAAGAUGGCUGCCAAAGAGUAGAUCAUGUCUUUUUCACAAAUCCCGUGCAAACAUUUUCAUUCUAAAUAUUUCCUGAUUUAGAAAGUUAUUUCGCUUUAUGCUUGCUGAAGUAGACUAUAACUAGAUCUAGACUAUAACUAGAUCUAGACUAUAACUAGACUAGACUAUAACUAAGCUUAAAGCGAAAAAUGGAUGAAAGACAUUGGUGGAUAGCAAUUAAAAUUCAAGAAAGUUUUAAACUAGGCAACAAUGACAACCCGACUCAUUUAGAGGAAUUUAUGUGUGAAGAAAGUACCUUGAGCAAAGUCAAUAAGUUUCUAAAAGCAGGUGGACCAUGCCGUUUAUUUUUCUACUGUGAAAAAACAGAUGCCCCUGAAGUGACAACUAGAGAGAUUCACUGCACUGGUAAUCUGGCAACACUCAAAGAUGUGCAGCUGGAUAAAGUCACAAUUUUAUAUUUCCUCCGCAACCAAGUUGAGAAAGAUGUUGAUCUGGUGAAAAUGGAAAGAGAUAUUUACUGUGGGGAGCUGAAACAUAAUACAAUUGAAACACUCAACUCUCUGCUGUCAGAUAUUUAUAUUCCUUUGACAAGGGCGCAGAAAAACUGGGGUCAGUGUGAUGAAGAGUGUCAGACUAGUCUUAUGCUGAGCAUGGAUAAAUUUGUCACAGCAUUAAAUGAGACAGCUGCAUCAAUGUCUCACUCAAGACAAUGGAUGCUCAAGCAGCCAGAAAGUAUUGUGCUCAAUGAUUUCAAGCAGCAGAGAGCUGCAGCAUUAGACUCCAAUUUGAUAAGUCAGUAUGAAGAGCUGCUCAGUGAUUGGAUGAGUACAAUAGAAUCAAUUCUCACAGAUACUUCAGAUGAAAGGUUCCUUGACCCCAAUGCUGGGCCACUGUCAGAGGUAGAGAGGUGGAAGCGAAAACAAAGAUUGCUGACUAGCGUCACAGAACAGCUUAAGAGCAAAGAAUGUAAAGCUGUUCUAGCUGUACUUAUCACAGCCAAAUCAAGGCUGUUGAAGAAAUGGAAGCUGACAGAUGCAAGUAUUACAGAUAGUCUAAAUGACACCAGGGAUAAAGUAAAAUAUCUGGACUCCCUUAAGCGAUAUUUUGAUCAGAUGUACCAUGAGGCAACCCCAUCCAAUCUGGUUUCGAAUGUCAUCCCAGGAUUCAUCAGCACUAUAAAACAAAUGGAGUCAGUGUCCAGAUUCUAUGCCAGGUCAGGCUAUCUGGGCGUACUUCUCACUAAGGUGACAAACCAACUAGUCCAGGCUUGUAAAGAUUACAUCAAGCAACACACGUACAACAUCAUGGAGGAUAAGGAUGAACUUUGGAUGAAAGUUGCAGAAGAUAUUUUGUCUCCAGACUUGAAUUUGACUGACACACAAUCAAAGGGAAAUAAACAAGUUGGAGAAAGUAAACCAAAAAUUACAAAGGUGAAAGGUCGGGAUUUCUAUGAAAGUGGCCUAGAGGAAGAUUCUCUGUAUGCUAAGCUUCGAGCUUGCUUGCAGAUACAGUUGGUCUUUAGAGAAUCUAUUGUUUCCCUGAAGGAUGCACUGGGAGUAAACCAAACCCACUCCCACCCUUCAUCCAUUAGCAGCUUCUCAACCACUGCCAGCCCACUCAAGUAA